AUGGAUUAUCGAUCGACAUCACCUCAAUCGUCCGAACCCUUUUCCGACGAAAUGGAUACGGCUUCCGUAAAAGAGAAAGCGAUUUUAAACAGGUCAGUGCCAAAAUUUAACAACAACUUUAAGGCGGGCUAUAUGCCAGUGGAAAACAUUAAACCGGGUAUGAGAGGAAGAAAAACGUUUGCUUUUUGGACUUUGUUGGUGUUACUGUUUAUUUUAGUUAUUGGAAAUCUCAUUUUGACGGUGACGAUAAUUGGAGUACUGAAAUUAGGCCAUGGUAUGCAAAGUAUUGAACUGGUUCCAGAAUCUCAAACAAUCAAGUUCUUUGGCGAAACAAACCUGGAUCACAUUUACAAACGAGAUGGUAAAGUAGAAAGCUUCGAAGACGAACCCAUGGAAAUAACAUCCUACAGCAGUCCAAUUCUUUUAAAUUUAGUAAAGAAUGGUCGAGGUAGUUUAAAAGCAAAAAUAGAUCCCAAUGAAACUUACUUUAGAGGAUUAAACUUUUUCGAUAUUAAUAAUACCGACAAACAAUCUAUUUUUACUGUUAAUGAGCCUGUUUAUGAAAACCUAAAGCGAGUGAACAAUUUUAGAUCUAAACACAUUCGUACUAACCAAAUAAGAAGCCCCAUCGAUGAAAGUUUAACUGUUGAUGGUGAAUCUAUUACCAUAAAAGGUGCCGAGGGCACAAAUAUUAAUGGAAAGACUAUAACUUGGUCUGCUGACCAAGAUAUUCACUUAAAGAGCAUUAAUGGCUCUAUUGUACUGUUAGGAAAAGAGGGAGUGUUUGUAGAUUUAAACAAAAUUCCAGUAGCGAGAUUGAACAAUAAUUAUAUCACUUCACAGUUUAAAAUUUGUGUAUGUAUGCCACUAGGAAAGAUUUUUAGAAUACCCGUAGCUAAUCCUAAUGAGAGGGUACAUUGUGAUCAUGUCAGCAUGGAACCGCAAUACAACCCUUGUAUUUAG